UCUUGUUUCAUUCGUUCGUUAUAAUUUGUUUGCUUACGUACGAGUUGAUAUUUAAUUAUUUACGUUAUUUAACAAAUUGUUUAUAAUCAAACGUUUCAACGAAAAUAUUAUUGUUCUUAAUUUUCUAAAACAAUGCAGCGAGAAGAGAAGCAAUUAGAAGCAACGUUACAAGCAAUUUUGAACAGAGUUGUAGACUUAAAAACUGCUAUUCAAGCUCUUAUUACAAAACUAGAAACUGAAUAUGAAACUAUAAAUUGGCCAACGUUUCUGGAUAAUUACGCUAUUUUGUCUGGACAUCUCACAGGAUUGAGUAAAAUAUUGCAAGCCGAAUUGGCCGCGCCUCUGCGAUCACAAAUAGUUUUGCCCUUGCAAUUAGGAUGUGAACGAGAUGAGAACCUAGUGCGGCUGACUGAAGGAAGAGUACCAGCUUGCACUCACGACUUGGUACCAGACCUGCUGCGAACUAAACCCGAGCCACAGGCGGAACAAAGACUACAACAGUUCAACCACAGAGCUAGUACUCUCAGUUAUGAUACUGCACAGAAACAAGUCGCACAAUUUACUAAAAUUGUGAGCCAUGUAUGGGAAAUCAUUUCAAAGGGUCGUGAAGAUUGGGAGGGUGAAUCUAUGCGAUCUGCAGGAAUGCAACCUACUCAUAGCAUAGCAGACACUCAUGCUUUGGUAACAGCUGUGGGCACCGGCAAAGGAUUGCGGCCAGGCAUGCCUUCAAUCGUCCCUCCUGGUGUGGGUGGGCCUCCAGGCAUAGGACCAUCACGUGGUCCUGCUCCCCCACAAAUGGGCCCUUCAGCUCCUACUAUGCCAAAAGCACCUUCUGCUAUCAAGACUAAUAUCAAAGCUGCCAAUCAAAUACAUCCUUAUCAAAGAUAAAAUUCUUAUCAAUCAUGUGCAGUAAGAUGUGAUCACUGUUCCUGAAUUUGUUAAUGGCCGGUAGGAUACAGCCAAACGUAUAUGCUAAUAAGGGGUAAGAAUAAGAUAUAAAAACUAAAAGCAGACAUGUUAUUAAUGUGUUUAUUUAAAGUAAUUCAAAUAACAUAUUUUGUAAGUAAAUAAACUAGCAAAUUCUAA